AUGGCAGGUCUUGCUGUUACAAAAGCCCAGGUGGAUGGAGGUUGUCAGAACAUGGUUGUGAUCAUAGUGGGUUUGAUCGCUGCCUUUGCUCUUGCCCCCAUGAGCGGUGUGGAUGUGCUGGUUAGCUGCCUUCUGUGUGGACAUGGCUUAGAUCACAAAGAGGACUUGAGCACCAGUACUGAUGGUGGGUCCUUGAGCUCAGUCAGCUGCAUUCAGCUUGUUGGAGGCCACUUUGACUUGGAAAUGAACUUUAUCAUCCAAGAAGGAGAAGGCAUCACCUGCAUGGUAGACUUGCUGGACAAGUGUGACGUCACCUGCCAGGCUGAGGUGUGGAGCGUGUUUACGGCAAUCUUGAAGAAAAGUAUACGCAACCUACAAGCGUGCACGGAAGUGGGGCUUGUUGAACAAGUGCUCAAGAGGAUUGAUAGAGCUGACAACAUGAUUGCAGAUCUCUUAGUGGAUAUGCUGGGUGUGUUGGCUAGCUAUAACUUGACAGUUCGAGAGCUAAAGUUAUUCUUCAGCAAGCUUCAAGGAGAAAAAGGGAGAUGGCCACCACAUGCUGGGAAGUUAUUGUCUGUGUUAAAACACAUGCCUCAGAAGUAUGGACCUGAUGCCUUCUUCAACUUUCCAGGAAAAAGUGCUGCA